CGGGCCAUCUAGUGAUCUCUCUAGGCGUCUGUCCUCUUCGCCAAGAAAUCGACAGCCACCGACCGCGCACCGUUACAAAUGCUCCGAUCCAUUCUCCGUGCCGGCCGACCGAUACGCGCUGCUACGGCCGACGCGCCGAGCGACAUACUGCGGUUCCGUAUCAGUGAAAGGGAGCGUAGAAGGAGGAGGAGAAGGGAUCCGACACGAGACGAAUUCUUCGUGCCGGUGCCCGAGUCCAUGCCCAUGGUCCUCACCGCCGUCGCCGUCGCCCUCUUCGCUAAAGUCCUCAUGAUGUACGAUGAAUCCAAAGCACAAGAGAGGCUGGAGCGUAAAAUACAAAAAGCUCCUCCUGAGCAAGGAACCGUGAGGAUGCUUACCCGUGAAGAGUGGGAUGAGAUUCAAGAAGUUAGACCAAGGACUCCUUUUGAAUCUAAGCUUGCUCGACCCAACGCGCGAUUGAGAACUGGGGAGCCAUUACACAUGGAAGACGUAAAGGACUGGACAAUAGACGUGCUUACGGAUGCUCUCACUAGAGCAGAAGAAAGCGCAAAACACAAGUGAAACUUUGGAGUGGCUUUCCGUUAUUGACAAUGUAAUAACACUGUCUCGAUAACACUUGGAUAAAAUCCACUCUGUGGAAGAGAAGUUUGACAUGCUGUUGAUAUCUUGAAAAUCAAGUUGGAAAUGGAUCCAUACUAAGAUGAUAAGACUUGAAUCAGAUCAGUUUCAAGUGUACGAUGGCGCUUUUUCUGUAAAUCAGCACAGGAAAUCUUAUAUUGAUUGAGUGAUAUCAAAGGUGCAAGAUUGAUUUUGUUUCUCUGACAAGUUGAAGAGGUAGCUUGUGUUUCGGCUUCAAUGGGCCUUUCUGGUUUGCAAGUAAGCUGUAUUAUAGAUUUUACAGAGAAUUGUUGCUCAAAUCCUUACCUUUUUUUUAUUGGUCACAAAUACCAUUGUUGGUCACAGAUACCAUUGUAGCUCGAACUUCCAAUUCAAAUCCCGUGGAUCAUCUAUGA